GGAUAGUUCCACCGAUGGUAACGCUGUUGUAGUUCAGCAGUACCGUGAGUGACCAUGAAGCGGUCCGUCCAGUCCGCAUCUCCGGCUGUGGCUGUGGGAUCUAAAGGCUGGAGGGACGCGACUGUCCGCUCGAUUCUGCGCGCCGCGGAUCUGACGCGUCAAACUCGCGUAGAUCAACUGCACUCUUCUACACGCUACCGCAGCCACAGCGUUGGGACAUUUGCCCACAGACUUCCUCAGUUAACAGCUUGCAGUGACGAGAAGGACCACAGUGAGAGUGACUCGGAAAAGAAAGAUGAAUUCCGACCUAAAUCCACUGGAAGUAUGCUCACUUCCAGAAUCAUUAGUGGCCCCUUUCCCCCGCCGGUCCUGCGUGAUCAGAGUGCGGUGGUCAGCGCAGGUAUGGUGUGUGAAUAUAUGCGGGGUGUGAGAGAGGUGGAGGGUCACCUGCGCAGACAAGCAGGCAGGGUCACGCAGGAGGACACCAGGGUGGAGCAUCAAAGGGAACGACUGGAGAAACUACUCCGCAGUCUGAGGAAAGCAUUGCUGGUCAAUCAGCAAAGUGCUGAUGGCAGGACAUUUCGACCAGCCACGACAGAGACCAUACGGGAUGGAGCCGAUGAUCUUCUACACGAUGAACGAAGGGUCCUGAAUGUGCUGAAAGAAGAACUGGAGAGCAUGUUGAGGAAGACUUUAACUCAACAAAAGGUUUUGGCUGAGAGCAGUAAGCAGUUGUUGGAUUGUGCCUUUGAGAGAUCCAGAGUAAUAGAUCUGCUUCCCCAGCAUGGCUCACUCUCAGCGGGUGUGAAAACCUAUCCUUCACCCCUCUCACAGAAACCUGACCCCACCGGACCGUUCACCCCAGAGUGCAAACAGGCUUUGGAUUCUUCAUCAACAGUACUACGUGAAUCUCAGCAGCUCAGAAAGAACAUUUCACAAGUCAUGAGGGAUGUCAUCAAAAAGCAAACAGAUAUGCACCAAUCAGCCAGCGAAGCCCUGCAGAAGAAAAUCACUGAAACUAUCAGCCUGGAGCAACAUCUGACACUGAGCUCCGCUGCCACGAGACAGGCCAUUUACCGCAAACAGAGACAGAUGCAGUGUGCUGGCUACAGUCUUGGCAGAGCUAUGGGCCCGGUUUGCAGUGCUGAUCUCUUUUGUCGUGAGAGAUUAAGCAGGCCUAUGACUCAGCUGUAUGGGCGGCAUUCAAGUGUUGGGCUGCCGGAAUCCGACCUCCUGACAUGGGGCGGUACUAUGCUCCGGAAACAUCUGGAAUCCUCAGGGAAAGAGAUUGCAGAGCUACAGUUUGCCCAUCAGCAGCUGGAGGAUGACAUGUAUGGAAAGCGUGCCGCUGGCAGCGUGGACUCUGCUGUUGUCAGGCUGCGGCGUAGACUCGUACGUCCACAGUCUGUCCGGCCUGUAACCAGUUAAAACUCUAACAGCA